AGCAAACGCAGGAAAAUAAACAAUGCAGCAGAUCCGGAAUCGCCAGUCGGUUUAUAAGGGGAGAGAAAUUAUUUAGACGCAACGGCCAAUCGUUGCCAAACAAUCUCUCUGCGAAUGUCACGUACUGGAAAACAAGAAAGAAAAAAGAAAAAGGUUUAAGGCCUUUGAAGCCUCCAGGGGCGUCUCAGACUCUCAAUCGCAUGGCGUCAGAGUUCGAAGAGCAUUAGAGUUCGUUCGGAAAUAAUGGCUUCCACCCCAAAACGACGGAAAUCACUACACAAAACCCCCAAUCAUGAGUCUUCUUCAUUGGCGUGGUUUUUGACGGAACCAUCGCCAGACCUUUUUCCUUCCAAAGAGGAGUUUUUAAGGCUCCUCGCCGUCGUCUCUAUUGCUCUCUCAGUUGCCAUUGGUUGUAACUACGCAGUCAGUGUCCUCAAUCGUCAAUCGAAACCCUUUUGCGAUAGCGGUGGAGCUUCUGAAGACUCAGUUUCUGAUGACUGUGAACCUUGUCCAAAUAAUGGAGAAUGUUUUGAAGGCAAGCUUGAAUGUUUUCAUGGAUACAAAAAACAUGGAAGGUUAUGUGUAGAGGAUGGAGAAAUUAAUCAAACAGCCAAGAAACUAUCGGAAUGGGUACAACUACGUGUUUGUGAAGCAUAUGUGCAGUUUUUGUGUGAUGGAACAGGGACAAUUUGGGUUCAGGAGAUGGGGUUAUGGAAAGAACUUGAUGGGUAUCGUUUGAAUAGAAAUUUUGGCUUGAGUAAUGAUUCUUUUGUGUAUACUAAACAGAAGGCACUAGAAGCUGUUGAAAGCUUGUUGGAAACAAGGAGAGAUUCCAAUGGGGUUAAAGAACUAAAAUGUCCAGACUGGCUGGCAGAGCGCUAUAAACCAUUCCUCUGUUACAUCCGGCAAUGGAUCUUGGAGAACACUUUGUAUUUACUGCCCAUUUCUACAUUGCUUGUAGGUUUCAUAACCUUAUUGGUGUUGUUACUUAGGCGAGUGCGUAGGAGUAGAUAUUUAUCGAGCAGAGCAGAACAGCUUUACCAACAGGUUUGUGACAUACUUGAAGAGAAUGCAAUAAUGGCAAAGAAUGUGAAUGGAGAAGGUGAACCUUGGGUGGUUGCUUCUCAGCUGCGAGAUCAUCUACUGUUACCAAGGGAGCGGAAGGACCCUUUGUUAUGGAAAAAGGUUGAGGAGUUGGUGCAAGAAGACUCACGUUUGGAUCAGUACCCAAAACUGGUGAAGGGCGAGUCAAAAGUGGUAUGGGAAUGGCAAGUUGAAGGUUCUCUCAGCUCUUCAAGGAUGAAAGCAAAGGGACGAAUGAACAAAUUGAAAUCCAGUUGGGGCAUGUGUGAUUCUUCUGCUCAACAACAGCAAGAGGAACAUCAGCAGCAACAGCAACAAAGACACACGUUGAAGGCUCUCGGGCUGCUAAAUUCCUGAUGUAUAUUUUUUCAUGGCUAUGCUUUAUGUAUUAUAUAGUAUAUUAUGGACUUUCUCUAAUGGUGGGGCCGAACCAGAAGAUACUUUUGCAGCAUUCUACGCAGUGAUGAAUCCCCAGGCCCACUCUACCAUGUAUUUUAUCCAACGAAACUGCUAUCCCGGUGCUUUAUUCAUAUUUCAUAGCCCUGCAGUUCCAUAGUACCUGGUCUUUGUAUGUGGCAGCCUUUAAUYUUCUUGUAAGAAACUGUAACGAGGUAGGAACUGUUUCAUGGAAUGGUCUGUCGAAACAUGGAGACCUGUUUUCUCUC